AUGUUGGACAUCAAGUCACUCAUCGUCGCACUUGCGAUUCCCGCUCUUUGCACCGCUGCAGCCCUGCCCCAGGAAUUCCCUGUGGACGAUGGUGACUCCAUCGUUGGCGGAACAGCCGCUGCUGCGGGCGAGUUCCCAUUCAUUGUCAGCCUCGCCAGGAGCGGCUCUCACUUCUGCGGAGGCACUCUGAUCAACGCCAACACUGUCCUCACCGCUGGUCACUGCGCUGUUGGCCAAACCGCCUCAUCUCUCACUGUCCGCGCCGGAAGCUUGAGCAGGACCUCCGGAGGAACCGUCGUCAGGGUUUCAUCCAUCGUUGUCAACCCCAGCUUCUCGAGCUCCACCUUGGACAGCGACGUUGCUCUCUACCGUCUUGCGACUCCCAUUGCGGCCAGCUCGACCAUUGCAUACGCAACCCUGGCAGCAGCAGGCUCAGACCCCGCAUCUGGCUCUUCCGCUACGGUAGCAGGCUGGGGAACUUUGAGCUCCGGUGGAUCAACCCUCCCAGCCAACCUUCAGAAGGUUACUGUCCCAAUCGUCUCGCGCACAACAUGCCGCAACAACUACAGCGUGUCUGAGAUCACCACCAACAUGAUCUGUGCCGGUGUCGCUACAGGUGGCAAGGACUCCUGCCAGGGAGAUAGCGGAGGUCCUCUCGUCGACGCUUCCAAGACCCUGAUCGGUGUUGUUUCAUGGGGUGAGGGUUGCGCUGCCGCUGGAAAGCCCGGUGUGUACUCCAGGGUCGGUUCCCUCCGCUCUUGGAUCGUGGCCAACGCUUAGAGAAACCUUUCAUGUUUCUUAUAUAGCUUGCAUGAGAGAGAGGUGCCCACUAAAUCUUUGGUAUUCACUAGGAUCUAGUGUGGGGGGAGAGCUGCAAGUAUCGUGU